CCCCCAACCCAGCUGUCGACAGAGCUCCCCUCUUAAAUCACUUGCAGCUGCCACCUCAGCAGUUCCUCCAGGCGACUUGCGCAAUCCAGUCUCCUUUCUUCCCCUCCAAGAUGGUCGCUCUCAUCCCCCCUCCUGAGCCCCGCACCCUGCUGCCACCUCUACUCGCCUGUCUUCCUACGGCUUUCGUAUCGCCUCAACCCCCUCCGGCUCUGCUACCCCUCUUGUCUCCCAUUCUGCGCCAACGGGUUAAGAUCCUAAGCUCAGUAUCUGCCUCGCCCACCGAAUCAUGGCUCCGACUGCUGUGCUGGGAUGCUGGACAGGCUGAGCGCCUCCAAACAUUGGUGGACGGCUCAACCUUCGAGCCACACCCGGUGUCGGGUGAAAUUGAGCUCCCCGAUGAGCUCCCCGUCAGGUACAUGCGUGUGGACGAGGAGACCCUACGGUCGCGUGUGAUACUUCCCGAGUUCAGCUUGAAAGUUAUCUACCUCUGGUGCCCCGACGAUCAGGAAGGCGGGGGCCCCGCGUGGCGGGUAGCAGAACUGUUGCCGCAAGAAGGCAACGUCGACGACGGUGAAGACUGGUCUGUGUCCAUCGGGGAGGCCAACGCUCUCCAGAAAGACCGCCUGCUAGAGGACGCCUUAAAAGCAGGCGAGGCCGCUGAACAGGCAAAGAAUCAAGAAGAGGAGGAAGAUGAUGACGAUGACUACUGGGCUCAAUACGAUGCUACCCCCGGAAGAACCCCCGCCAACAAGACACCCGCUCCUAACGCCGUUUCAUCCCUGCAGCAGUCGGAAGCGGAUUACUUUUCUCGCUACGGUGAUGUACAGCCUGCGAUGGAUAACCAUGAUCCCGAGGAAGACCAACCCGAGGUCGGACCCUCCUCCCUCAAUGGCGAUAUGCUGGCCAAACUGCUUCAGCGACAAUUUAAUGGGGACGAAGCUGACAAGCCGACUAAUACUUCAAAUGGCGUUGCUACCAAUGGAGAUCAUGCUGGCUUAAACCACCCUCGACCCUCUUCCAUCUCGUCUGCGAGCUCUGAAGCCGUGGCCCGACUCGAACAAGAGGCGGAGAACCAGUCGGCGUAUGAAGUGGGCGUCAAACAGCACAUUGGCUCGAGCAUCAAGGGUCUGUUCCGACUGGCUAAAGCUACGGGCAUCUCGCGCAGUGACUUCCAGUCGCUUGUCAAGACGGAACUCGAAUUACUGAACGUGUCGGACGACGAUUGAAAUAGGUGAAUUUGGGGUUAUUUUUCUUUCUUCAUUUUCUCAAAUUGUAUAUACUGCAUGCGGUCAUGUUCAGCGUUGAGGUGCAUUGAUUUGGCAUUGGAUAUCC